AUGCAGAAGACGACGUACUACGACAGCUCCACGCUCUUCGGGGGCUACUCCUACGGCAGCGCCAAUGGCUUCGGCUACGAGGGUCCCCAGCAGCCCUUCCAGGCGGCCUCUCACAUGGAGAACGACUUCCAGAGGUCUGCCUGCUCCCUGCAGUCUCUUGGCAACAGCCCCCACGCCAAAAGUAAAGAGCUGAACGGGAGCUGCAUGAGGCCCAGUUUGCCCCAGGAGCACCACCCGCCUCCCCCCGUGUCGCCGCCCCCCAACCCCGCCACCAACAGCACCGGCAGCAACAGCAAUAACCAGGCGGGGGGCGGCAAAAGUGCCCCCAGCAAAGCCAACCUCAGUGCAAACGCCAGUCUCACCAAGCAGAUUUUCCCCUGGAUGAAAGAGUCGAGGCAAAACUCCAAGCAGAAAAACAGCUCCCCCAGCACAGAAACCUGCAGCGGCGAGAAAAGCCCUCCAGGCUCCUCGGCCUCCAAGAGGGCCCGCACAGCCUACACCAGCGCUCAGCUGGUGGAGCUGGAGAAGGAAUUCCACUUCAACCGCUACCUGUGCCGGCCCCGGCGCGUGGAGAUGGCCAACCUGCUGAACCUCAGCGAGAGGCAGAUCAAGAUCUGGUUCCAGAACAGGAGGAUGAAGUACAAGAAAGACCAGAAGUCGAAAGGCAUGGGGUCUUCCUCCGGAGGGCCAUCCCCCACGGGCAGCCCCCCCCAGCCCAUGCAGUCCUCGGCCGGGUUCCUGAACGCCUUGCACACCAUGAGCAGCAACUACGACGCCCCCUCGCCGCCCUCCUUCAACAAACCCCACCAAAAUGCCUAUGCCAUGUCGAGUAACUACCAAAACCCCAUCAAAGGCUGCCCCUCCCAACAGAAAUACGCCAACACGGCCCCCGAGUACGACCCGCACGUCCUGCCGGGCAGCGGGGUGGCCUACGGGACGCCCAGCAUGCAGGGGAGCCCCGUCUAUGUGGGAGGUAACUAUGUGGAUUCUAUGCCCGCCUCUGGCCCGUCCCUCUACGGCCUCAAUCACCUGCCACACCACCAGGCUGCCAGCAUGGACUACAGCGGGCCCCCCCAGAUGCCCCCGAGCCAGCACCACGGACCAUGCGAGAGCCACCCCACGUACACAGACCUUUCCACCCACCACGCUUCUUCUCAGGGCAGAAUCCAAGAGGCGCCCAAGCUCACCCACCUGUGA